CCGGUAUCUUUUGUGUGGCGUAGGCAGGGUAUAGUACAAAUGAUACUGAUAUAUGCCUGACAUGUUAUAAUUUGUUAUCUACAUGGUAAAUCUUGUUUGCUCUUGGGAAUCUCAGUCUAGGAAGUCUACACUGAACAGGCAAAAACAAUAUUUUGAACAAAGAAGGCGACAGCAACAGCAUCAGCAGCAAACAAAUGGGAUAGAGAGCUAUGCAUAUACACAACCAGCUGAGAAACAUGACAAAGAACAUCAGUCAUUGGAUAUUCUCAGUUUACUUAACUUGUCAAAGGUAUCCCAAGGACAGAAAUCUGCUUGUGCCAAUGGAAGGGAAGACAUAAAAGCUAAGGCUUCCAGAGUGAAGUAUGAUCACUUAGUGGAUCCACAAACAAUUGCUCCAAAGAAGGCUGCUCCUCCCACUUCUGCUCAAUUUAACAAAACAAGAGCUGAAUCAGGCUUUGAUUUGGAGGUUGCAUCUCCAAUAGAGGCUAUCACUACUGCUCCUGAUAAUCAAAGAAAGUCUUUCAAUGAAAUGUAUUCUAACCCACAUAACUUGAAGACACCUGUCGAGCAGCUUUCAGAGUCUUGUGUACUUGAUUUUUUCGGCAAUGAUGGAUUGGAGGAUGAUUACGUUGAAGGAAGUCCAGUCCAUGAAGCUCAUGUUGCAUUUUCAGUUGAAGGUUUGGGAAAAGUGGGAAUGGAAACGCCAGUCCAUUCACCGAAACAGGCUGGAAGGACCUUCUCCUAUGAUUGCUCCUCGCCAUUGCUUGGUGCAAGCAAAGUGAGCUCAUUUAAGAACUUGAAGCGUCUGGAUGAUAUUGAAAUUGGAAUGGACACAGUAAUGCAAGAUGUCUCUAUGCCCCUUACUAGCAGUUGUUUAGAGUUCUCUAUGGAUUUGAUUCAUUCAUUCAGUAAUCCAAAGAACAAAUUCUCCACUUGCAGUGAUUGCAAUCAAUUUGAUAGUCAUGAUAGUAAUUUUCAAACAUAUUAUGGAAGCAGAAGAAUGUUUGAUGAAAUUGAAAACAGCUGCAAAGAUAGAUGGAAUGGUAGGUCUAGCUUCCUUGAGGAAGACUCUUUUAAUGAAUGGGAACAUGAUUUAUCACUGAAGAGGCCAAGUGUUGUGAACCAUAGAUCUGUUGAUAAUAUGAUGCAUGGAGAGUAUGGGAUGUCAGAUUUCACUUUUGAAGAACCAUUUUCACCAACGAGGUUUUGUUCAAGUAUAACAGACAAGUUCAACAUCUUAGAGUCACCAGCAAAUUUGAGGCACCAAGUAUUAGAGAAUGAUCUUGAUUUUAUGAUAUCCAAUGGACAGAGACAGCAUACACGGGGAAUGAAUUUUGAUUUUCAAGGUGUAGCAAGCAGGCGUGAUUGGUCUUGCUUUGCAACUGAAUAUGAUAGGGAUAAUACCAGCCUGCUCAGGUAUAGAGUGGCAAUGACCUUUUGUUUUCACAUUGAUUUUGUACCCCACCUAUAUGGUUGACUCGUGUAUCAUUAC